CGGCUGUCAAAAAGUCAAUCCGCCAUCGGAUCUUGCGCGAUAGCUGUACUUGGUUUGCGCCUGCUGCUUGCCAUUAAUUUCGUACGACACUUGAAGCACAAAAGGUUGAGAUACUUGCUGCUGGUUCGGCUUCCUUUACCCAAACAAGACACCAAUCGGUAUUUAGCAGCAGCCGAGAAAGAUUUUACGUCCAGAUAACUCGAUAGAUAUUGUAUCAAUACUGAAGUGGCGCAAGAAGCAGCAACUGCGGCAAAAUAAGAGAACUGCGAUGUCCGACGAAGGUCAAGAUAGUGGAGCCAGCCGGAAUGGUUCGGUGCCUGAAAUAGAGCUCAUAAUUAAGUCAACAGCGUUCUGUCGAGGGUUUUUUUUGAGAAUGUACGUGACCAGCAUCCAUCUGUUGCUCCCACUCACGCGUGCAUUUCAAACCCCACUCCAGGAGCCGCUGGACCAUUGAUUGAAGAGGCAAGACACGUCAAACCAAAUGACGACCGUUGAUGGGCAUCAACGAUUGAUGGAAGAAGGAAGGGAGCCUGUCUAUUUUGCCAAGAAUAUUUCAUGGAUCUUUAUUUGUUGGCGGAACUAAAGACGAUCAGUCUAAAGGUGACGACAGUGUGCAUGCAGAAACCUCCACCGGAUUUUCGUACCAACUUUGAGGCCACUCAUCCUCCUAUUCUCAUAGACAAUGGGCUCGCGAUACUUGAGAAUGAGAAGAUUGAGCGACAUAUUAUGAAGUCAGUGCCUGGUGGAUACAAUCUUUUUGUACAGGACAAAGAAGUGGCCACAUUGAUAGAAAAUUUAUAUUCCAAGCUAAAAUUGAUGCUGGUGAAAAAGGAUGAGAACAAAAAUAACUCGCUGUUGGUUCAUUUGAAAAAAAUUAACGAUCAUUUGGCGGUUAGAGGCACUCGCUUUCUCACUGGAGAUACGAUGUGCUGUUUCGAUUGUGAACUUAUGCCGCGACUGCAGCAUAUCAGAGUGGCCGGGAAAUAUUUUGUCGACUUCGAUAUUCCGAAACAUUUAACGGCUUUGUGGCGGUACAUGUACCAUAUGUAUCAGCUAGAUGCAUUCACGCAGUCUUGUCCCGCCGAUCAAGAUAUCAUCAAUCACUACAAACUGCAGCAGGCAAAAGGUGACAUUAAGAUGUUGAAAAUGAAAAAGCACGAAGAACUGGAGACUCCAACAUUCACCACAUCGAUCCCUGUUGAUUUGAACGAACAAUAAUAGAGAAAAUAGAUAGAAGAAAAACAGAAAUUGAAACAAACAUGUGUAGUAUGGAAAUAGAGAACGACUAAGGCAUUAUAUAUAGUUUUAGACCAAUAACUCCAAAGUCUAAUAUCUAUAACAAUGCGCUUGUGGAAUCAAUUUGAAAUAUUUUAAAUGUUAAAGGAAUUAUCUUUACUAUUCACCAAGAACUUUAUUCUUGUUUUCUGUUGGAAAUCAAUGCAUACAGAGUCUAGACUAGACAUACUUUCGAGGACAGGAACGACAUUGAAAUUUUGCAUAUAUCUGCUUUUAUAAAAAUCGUUUACCUUAAUAUCACUUGCAGUGUUUCAUGGAAAAUUGAAUUUAAGGCACCUACAUAUUUUCAACUAUUCAAAAUGUAAUAAGUAGAAAUUGAACACGGUAUUAGCAACAAUUUUCGCAAAGUAUCUACCACCGUUACGAUGAGUCAGAUAUUAAUCCGUGCAAUCAUAGAACAAAAUAAAAAUUUCCUACAAUAAAUUUAAAAUAAUAGCCAAACAUACAUUAACAAGAAAUGGACCAGUUUUUUUACAAUUAAAGGAAAAAUCAUAACAGCACUGCAUCAACAUAACAGGAGAUAGACAUGUUUUCUUGAUUGGUCUAGGCGUUACACCCUUUUAAUAAUGGAUGUAAGUUUUACUUAUAUUUACUUCACUGAAGGUAUUUCAGUAGUCUUUAAAUUGACUUACUUUUAUGUUUUAAUUGGAAAUUUUUAAUAAGCACGACAAAUGUUCCACGCAUAUGCCGCAAGAAGGAUUCUAUGCGUGUGUAAUUCAGCCUGUCUAGAAAAGACUCAACUUGUUGUGUAGCCGAUGAACAGGACAAAUUUUGCCACAUUUUUUUUAAAUAUUUCGGCGAUUUUGGUGCGUCGACGAAUAGUGCCUGCUGCAACUUUCUAUUAUAACAGUUAUUUUAACAGUACUUUUCCAUUAUGUUUAUUUGCACCAAUUAUUAUCUUUAAAAAAAUAAAUCAUGAAAAGGUUGUAUAGACUA